CUCAAGCCAGGAAUCAGUCCUGGGCUGGGCGUUUGGUCUUUGUUGAAGCUUGGCCUUAUUAUCCGUGUAGUUGGGUAAUGGCUUGAGCUUCAUGCUGGUUGACGCCGCACGCUGUUUGGUGUAUUUGUGCCCUGAGAGAGGAAGUCCAUGUGUGGUCUGUCUUUUAGGGAGCAGUGUGUCCAGGAUCUCAUACUGAGGAGAGACAAGAGGCAGGGGCUGGAGGACAUGAUGUCGCUUUGACACGGGUUGCUUGCCCUCAGACGCAGAUCAUUGUUCUUCAUCAAAGGAACAACAGGUCGCCAAACCCCCUUAUCAACAACCUAACUGCUCUCCAAGAUGUACCAUAAAGAGAAGAGCUUACAGAUCAAGAACAGCGCGUCGGCGCUCUACAACAACCUCAGCGUGCUGCGUAUCGCCCCGCGGAGCCUCACCUACUUCACGGUGGUGCAUGCCAACACGGUGAGCAUAGUAAGCGCGUCCUGGGACGGCCUGAACACCUCCCACCGCCAGCUGCAGUCCAAGGAGCCUAAUGUCGCCACCAGCAACUCUCUCAUUAUGCAGGCCGCCUGGUGUGUUCUUCCCUCUCGUGACCUACUGGUGCUCACGUCCCAGAAGGGUAUUCAGAUGUAUGAGUCUGAUGGCUCCAUAAUGGUGUACUGGCAUGCACUGGAUACCCCGGAAACCGCUACAGCUCAGGCAGUGUUUGCAAGAGGGAUAGCAGCAGUGGGAGAGAAUUACAUAUGUGUGGGUGAAGCGUCUGGUGGGAUCCUAGUGUUUGACAUCCCCAGUAAAGGCGGGAACAUCACCCUGUCUGAGGUGUUGGAGGAACACAAGGAGUCCAUCACAGACAUGGCUUCCGAGUGUUCUGGCAGUCAGGAGUGCAUUGCUGACAUGGUCAGUGCGGAUGAUACUGGAACGCUCUGUGUGUGGAAGUCUGGGGAGGAAUUCCAGCUGCUCAACAAGAUCACUGGCUUUGACAUGAGCUGCUCCUCAGUCAAGCUGUGGAAGGGCACGGUGGUGGCGGGCUACGGCACCGGUCAGAUCCGUCUGUACGAGGCUGUGACUGGGAUCCUGCAUGCAGAGGUCAACGCCCAUGCACGCUGGAUCUACUCGCUUGAUAUCGCCCCUUUCUCUGGGCUGCUUUUGUCUGCAGCCGAAGAUUCGUUCGUCAGAGUGUGGCACCUGACGAUGACGCCAGAGUCCAACACCGUGGAGAUUUCCCAUAUGUACAAUGAGUGUGUGACGGACACUCAGAUUUGCGGCGCAAAGUUCUGUGACGGCGACGGCUACGCCUUUGGGGUCACUGGCUACGACCUCAGUGAGAUCAUCCGCUACACGCAGUCAUAGGGCGUCGCGGCGAGAACAGGUACAUCGUGCCUGUGUCGAUGUCGACACAGGCACAGAGCAGACACAGGCACUCUGCUCCGGUAGCACUGUGGACCAGUAAGACCCGAGGAAUGUUUAAUAGCUGUUGGUGGUCAGGCCAGAGACUUGAUCAAAAGGAGUCGCAGAGUAUGUAUAAACGUUGUGGGUGUUUCUUGUUUUUUUUUGUUUUUGUUUUUGUUCUGGUGAAGUUGAUAUUCCCCAAACAAAUUUUAUUUCAUUAAUAUCCAGAAUGUUCACAAUAAAGUCAGUGUUAUUUUAUAGCAUACCUCCUCAUCAUAUCAUAAUGCACUUUGUGUCGAUGGUAGUUGAGUUUUGUUUGCAAAAAAGGGCAUUUUGUGAAGUGCUUUGUUUAUUCUAGAAUAAAGUAAGCAGUGUAUUCAGUAUGAUUGUCUACACGGCUAUAAAUCAAGAUUAAAGCGUAUUUAUGAAGCAUCUCGUUGAAUUAAUCGUAGAUGGAGUUGUUUGAGUAUUAGUUUUGUUUUAUUCAACGAAUGUGCACUUUCAUUGCACAUCACGUAUUUGCCAAUAGAUGGGGCUCUUGGGAAAGGAAGCGAAAACUUGACAUUGUAUCUGAGUCAGAGCAUGACUGUCACAUAAUAUAAAACAACCACAUCAGUCACAUAUAAAAACACACAUAAAAUCACUUUCAAUUAGAUUUUUUGACAAUGUGAAGUGAUCUUUCAUUAUUGUGGAUCCUUGCUUCUCCUGUGACCUUUACAUAAUAAGGUAGAUAGGGUACGCAGACAAGUUUAAACAUAAACAACACAUCAAAGCAAAGGGACUUUGCUGAUUCGUUCCACGGUUAGUUUUUGUUAACAUCAUCCGUCUCUCACAAUAUACGCUGCCUGAGUCGGGUGAGAUCAGUGGUCUCCUUUGGUUCUGUUAUUCAACAGUGGUCACAUAACAUCAGCUGACAAGGUUGUUUUUGAACCCAUAUAUGUAAAGCUGAACGUUAUGUAAGGCAGACGCCUAUCGUGACAACAGACACUCACGGGUCACACGGCCGUUUGUUGACCGUGUCAAAUGAUGAGUGUUUAUUUACCAAAGCACACAUUUUGUACUAUUUUUAUACUUUUUAAACUCUUAUCUCUCUCCCCCUCACCCACGCAUGCAUGUAAGCACGCACGCGCCCAUACACAAACAGACAGACAGACAGAUGGACACAUACACACACUCUGUCAAUGUCUGACUGAAGAGGGAGAGAUCAGGGGCCUAUGUUAUCAAUAUGUGGUGUUUAUGUGGACAUGACUGUUAUGUAAAGAACUCCAUUGAACCUUGAAAUAGAAAGAAGUCGUACAAAAACAAAAGGGGGGAAUGAAAAUGGAAAUGGUGGCAGACUCAAUUUAAAGAGAUUUAACGAGAGCUGACAGCUGACAUCCAGCUGACAUCCAGAUCGAGGUCAGCAGAAGUUCACUGUGCUGAAACGUGAAGCAGAUGAAAUAAAGUACAGAGAGGACAAAUGAGAAUGUUUUGCUUUUGUGAUUGGUCAAUAAUCCACUGUGAUGUCCCGGCCUCCCUAGCCCCGGGCCCACUCACUGGGCAAAACAGCUGUCCACUGUAGCAGCACUGUGAUAGGCUACUCAAAAGCUGCCACUCAUUGCAUCAUGCAUAUUUGUUAUAGGGAGGAUAAUAACUUCAUCUUUCAAUCCCAUGUGAGUAUUAAAGUACUGUCAGGCGGCACUAUAUAGACCUAUCCAAGCGUGACAACCACUUGUAUAGUAAGAAUAAGUAUAAAAUAAAAGAGUUAAAUUGAGACAGACAAACAGGAGAAUAUGAAAAACAUGUUACCUUGUCUCAAACAUAGAGGCAUCAAACAAGCCAACCAGUUUAACCUGACCUCUAACCUUUCACAUGCUUAUGGUAUGUAUCCUCAAGCCAUUUUUGGAAAAAAUCGUACUAGCCUGUUGCAUGAUGCCUCAAACAAAUGUGAAUCGCCCCUUUGCAUUUGUAAUACAUGUGUGUUCAGGUAUAUGUGUUAUUGGACAUGAAAAAAAAGAAUUAUUGCUAUUCAUUGGAAACUGAGUCUAAGAAUUGCCUGAUAAUUACCACCAUCACUGCAAUGCUGAUUAUUGGGAUUGUAAGCUGAAUCACAGCAAUGGUUUGUCUACUCUUACAGUUUCCUUGAUUGUAUAAACCCAAAAAAUGGAACUAUGCACACACAAUUCUGAAAACUUGAAGCUCAUGCAUCAACUACAAGACCCCAGACUGCUAAACUCUAAGCAGAGUUCCACUGUUUUCACAUUUUUGCUAAACUCUAAGCCCAAAUCUCAUCAUUUAUCACACUUGGUUCUCCUGGAUCAUACUGGCCAUCAAAACGCAACAACUAAUUACCAAUAAGUCUAACUCACUUCUCACCUGUUCAAACUCAACUGGCAAAACACUUCAAUCAUGUGUCAGAGCAUAAAAGAGGACCUGGUGAGCUCUACUGUGUUGUAGAUAUGGUCCUUUGGCCUGAUCAGGAUUGGAGGUGGGAUACAUACUGAUUUACAUGUAGAUCUGUUUCACCUCAUUUAUAUUCUUUUUUUUAUUCUUUGUUGGCCUAGUUCAGCUGAACAUUUUACUGUAUCACAGUAAAAAUAAAUAUAUUUGCUUUGUUACCUUUUUGUACUUGUAAUUCCCUAAACGAGGGAAGACGGAACAAAACUGAGGGACACCAGGCCAAACCGUCAACGAUCCAACUCGUUUGGAAGUACAACAAAAGUUGAUAUAUCCUCAUUUCGAUUCUAUUUCAAAUCAGAAAAAGCCUUACAGGCAAAGAGAUCAAGAGAUAACAGAUCAUUAAGUUCUGAAUCAAGCAUUAGCUCACCAGCAAAGAAGAGGGCUGACACAGUUGUUGCUGACAUAGUGGAUGUUAAGAACCACAAGGCUUCUCAACAGAGGAAAAGUCAACAACAAGGCCUCCAAGUCUCAACUGGAGCAGGUGCAACAGUGGGGACGACCAACAGCCCACCAGGAGUAAACAGUCUGAAAGCUAAAGACACCCAGCAUGAGAAUUACCAGAAAACACCUGAGAAACAGAGUACCAUCGGGGUUCUUGCCCCUGAUCUUAGAGGGUUAACUGACAAUUCUUGAAAACAACUUUAAGACACUCUUUACCACUCUAGAGUUAUUGGAAGGAGUUCUGAUUUUCAUGACCUUUUGUACGUGCUUGUGUACCACAUCCAUGUGUCUGCAUGUAUUAUCUGAGUGUGGGGGUAUGAGUGUGUGCUAUGGUGUUAUUUGUAUUUGUGUGGGCGUAGUUUCUGCAGAAGUUAUUGCAAGCUUGAAAAGUAAACUAUUGUUUACUUUUGUUGGGUUUGUUGGGAUUACCCCAUAAUCAGAGCUAUGGGCUUUGAAGAUCUAGCUAGAGAUGAUGAGCAUCUCUCCGACAUGGGUGAACACAUAAGCUGUGAAACCUACACCAUUGAUCAAAUAGUAGAUAAGAAUAAGAAACACAAUUUUUCCUUAUUUCACACAAAUAUUAGAAGCCUGAUUAAACACCACACGGAACUUGACUCCCUUCUAUCUACUACUAACCAUAGUUUUGACAUUGUGGGUUGCAGUGAGACCUGGCUUAACGAAAACUCUCACCUUGAUAGCUUAAAUAUAGGUGGAUAUAACCUAAUGGUCAAAAAUAGAACUUAUUCUGUUGGAGGCGGCGUAUGCUUGUAUGUAAAAUCCAAAUACUGCGUAAAUGUUUGUGAAAACUUAACUGUGAAUGAUGGCUAUUCUGACUCGCUCUUGAUUGAGAUGAACACUAUAAACGCUAAAAAACGUAUUGUUGGUAUCAUUUACAAACCGCCCGGUUUCAACCCAGACAUAAUUAGGCUAAAACU